ACACACAUAGACACACACACAUAUAUAUAGAGAGAGAAUUGUAAAACAGGACUUGAUUCUUUGUAUUGCAGGUUUUGUUUUUCUUAGAUUUCUUACGGCAACAUGGAAUUAGUUGAGGAAGUUAUUGUUGGACUAGCCUUAUUUGGAGAAAGCUUCAACAUUCCCUUUGAUUUCUUAGAAUACUACCACUCUCUUUGGACUCCAGUACUAAAGUGCAAUUUAAAAGGAUGCUUCCAAGACUCUGUUGAACCUCAUCUUUUUUAAUGUUAAAAAACAUAUAAUGAAAAAAUUCAAGAGGGAGAUGAAAGAUAUAAGGUCAACCAAUACACAGAGAACGAAGAGUUGAACCAUUUAGCAUGAAUUGGAUAAAUGAGAGUGUCCCACAGGAGUUCAUUCUGUUAGGGUUCUCAGAUCGACCAUGGCUAGAGCUUCCACUCUUUGUGAUGUUCCUGUUUUCCUAUAUCUUGACGAUCUUUGGCAAUCUGACAAUAAUUCUUGUGUCACAUCUGGAUUUCAAACUCCACACCCCUAUGUACUUUUUUCUUAGCAAUCUCUCACUCCUGGAUCUUUGCUAUACCACAAGUACAGUUCCACAAAUGCUGGUAAACAUAUGCAACAUCAGGAAAGUAAUCAGUUAUGGUGGCUGUGUGGCCCAGCUUUUCAUUUUCCUGGCAUUGGGUUCCACUGAAUGUCUUCUCCUGGCCGUCAUGUCCUUUGAUAGGUUUGUAGCUAUUUGUCGGCCUCUCCAUUACUCAGUUAUCAUGCACCAGAGGCUCUGCCUCCAGUUGGCAGCUGCAUCCUGGAUUAGUGGCUUCAGUAAUUCAGUAUUGCAGUCCACCUGGACACUUCAGAUGCCACUGUGUGGUCACAGAGAAGUGGAUCACUUCUUCUGUGAAGUCCCUGCACUGCUCAAGUUGUCCUGUGUUGACACAACAGCAAAUGAGGCCGAACUAUUCCUCGUCAGUGUGCUAUUCCUUCUAAUACCCGUGAUACUCGUCCUUAUAUCGUAUGCAUUUAUAGUCCGGGCAGUGUUGAGAAUCCAGUCUGCUGAAGGUAGACGAAAGGCAUUUGGGACAUGUGGCUCCCAUCUAAUUGUGGUGUCACUUUUUUACGGUACAGCUACCUCCAUGUACCUGCAACCACCUUCACCCAGCUCCAAGGACCGGGGAAAGAUGGUUUCUCUCUUCUAUGGAAUCAUUGCACCCAUGCUGAAUCCCCUUAUAUAUACACUUAGGAACAGAGAGGUAAAGGAAGCCUUUAAAAGGUUGGCUGCAAGAGUCUUCUUAAUCAAGAGAUAAGAAAUAUGCAAAUGAUAAGCUUUGCUAAAGACAUAAUGCUUACUUAGCUUACUAACUUCUUUGCAAGUUGCCCUAUUUUUUGUCAUUAAUAUAGAGAACUAUUGUAAGCUCCCUCAAAGAAAAUUUCCUUGACAAAAAGCUGUAUUUGUUUCUGUUGCCUAAAUAUUUUCUUGCCAGGGUGUUAAUAAAAAAAUAGGGAAUUCCCAAAUGAGAAACCUUUUAAAGCCUUCAAUUUCACAAAGCUUAUAAUUUAAUUCUCUCCAAAUUGAUUCAUUAUCAUUAUUCUUAGAAAAAGUACUAUGGUGAUCUUUAAAUAAAAUGUCAUCAACAGAGAACUACAUCUGUUUUCUACUGCCUAGAUAUAUUCAUUGCACGUCUUGAAACUGGUCUUUUAUGAACUCUCAAAAUAGGAUAGCCUUAAAAUCUUUAAGGUUUCAAACAUCAUACCACUGGUCUGUAUACAUGGGUAAGAGUCUUAGGCUUCUCUGAAACCAGAAUAAAAGCUUAGAAAUCCUUUCCCCGGAAAUAAAACAUUUUGAUACAUAGACAAUGCCCUCAUCCUUACACACACACACAAACUCCAUGGCACAAAUCAUUUUCAGACAAUUGUAGAUCUAACAGAAGUAUCCAAAAAUCUUAUCUUAAUUACAGCUAUAAGGUUAACAGCUCUAACUUAAAUUUUAACACUGUUUGCACAUCAACACGAUACUAAAAUCCACAAUGUUUUCCCCCCUCAAUUUUACUGAGAUCUUCUAUUGUUUCUGUACUUCCCACUUCUAAGUUGAAAUGUCCCAGUCUAGCUACCAAAUAAAGUUGUAGCUACAUUUUAGACUGAAAUCAAAUGCCUGCUAUUGACCUUUUUAAAUGAUUCCUCUACUGUAUAUAUUGCCUCCCUCCUUUUAACCUCAAAAGCCCUUAUAGGUUAAGUCAUAAAAAAGCACAUUAUAUAAUGAUGUCCACUGCUUGUUUAAUGCACGCUUCUUGUCCAAAAAGAAAUGCUUACUAAUUUCAUGUUAGUGCCCUUGAGGCAGCAUAGAUCGUAAUUUCAACUUCUUCCAUAUGACCUUCAGAGCCCAUAAAAGUGCUAAAGAAAAUACACACUAUAGUUGAUUAUUUGGUUGAUUUUGUGACUUGUUACACUAUAAUUAUAUUAACUGCUUCUUCAUUAUUAUUUUUUUCCAAUUUUUCUUUUAUCAAAUAUGUCGUAAAAGCAUAAAAUGCAGUAACUACAAAAUACAAUUAGAAUGUUUUACUUGAAAACCUUACAGUAACAUCAUAAAUUUCAGCAUAAUUCUAAUGCAACAUGGUAGAUCUUUAAACUUUAACUUGCAUCAGAAUAAUCUGUAGGGCUUUUAAAAUUCAGAUUGGUGGGUGUCAUCUACUUCCAGACGUUCUAAUGCAGUAGGUCAGGGGUGGGGCCUGAUUAUUUGCAUUUCUACAGAUUUCCAGGUGAUAUUUAUAUUGCCUGUCAGGAGAUCACCCUUUGGGAACAGCUGUGCUAAGAGUUAAACUAAAAAAAGCUAUAUUGCUUGCUGAGUUUCUUUUAUUUUUAAAAACGAGUUAUGAUUUAAAGGAAAAUAGGAGCAAAAUCCUAAUAGAGCAUAUUGAAAUAUGAGGGGACAUUCCUUAAUUAAAAUGCAUUCAUAUCUUAAAGUCCAACUAAAUGAUAUAUCAGAUUUCCAGAGACAUAUUUUGAUGUCAGCUCAAAAGCAAUGUCAGUGUCCUUUAAAAAAUUA